GUCGAUCUGAUGCAUUCCAUGACUACAAUUUUCCCUUUCGUAUUGAAGGACUGAUUCAGCACUUCGACUGCUCACGACAUAUGCCAUCAACUCGGGUGUGCUAACUAGCGCGAUCGCAAUAGUGAUCAUGUUUGAUUUCGCACUCUACGGCCUCCAUUUCGUACAUUUUGCUCUUUGCCCCUCUCUUGGUGGUAUUUAUACCGGUAGCCUUUUGGCAAAGUACGUCCAUAGGGCCAUCAAUCAUUACUUUCUUACGGGGCCCAUCUUGCAAUUUCACGAUAGCCUACAUUCCCGCAAGAGAGCACGGGAACGACUUCUUCCUGAUGGAGACAACAUCCCUGGAAUACGUUUAUCACUUCCCCCAGACACUGCAUGAAAUAUGACCACCCGCUUUGUCGAGAGUAGAAAACGCAAAUUUGAGCCAACCUAUUGACGCGAUGUUAUGCAUCCACUG